CUUGGCUGUGGGAGCGGCGGCGGCGGCGGCGAGCGAUCCUUCUUCCCGGGCCCCGGUUGCCUCUUCUGGGGAAUCAAGAAGCCAAGAUCCCCUCCCUCCCUCCAAACCGUCCCCAGCCCAGCCGGCCACGGCCAGUGACCUUCCAGUGCUCUGCACACAUUCCCAGGCACCAUGGAUGCGCGGUUCACCCGGGGAAAGUCAGCCAUCUUGGAGCGCUCGCUGACCCGGCCCAAGACAGAAGUGAGCUUGGGUGCCUUCACCCUCCUCUUCUCGGAGAUCGUCCAGUACUGCCAGAACCGCGUCUACUCCGUUUCCGAGCUGCAGAGCAAGCUGUCGGAGCUGGGCCAGCAGGUGGGGGCCCGCAUCCUGGAUGUCCUGGUGAUGCGAGAGAAGAACGGCAAACGGGAGACCAAGGUCAUCAACGUGCUGCUCUUCAUCAAGGUCACCGUGUGGAAGGCGCUUUUCGGCAAGGAGGCAGACAAGCUGGAGCAGGCCAACGACGACGACAAGACGUACUACAUCAUCGAGAAGGAGCCCCUGAUCAACACCUACAUCUCUGUGCCCAAGGAGAACAGCACCCUCAACUGCGCCAGCUUCACCGCGGGCAUAGUGGAGGCCAUCCUGACCUACAGCGGCUUUCCCGCCAAGGUCACUGCCCACUGGCACAAGGGCACCACCCUCAUGAUCAAAUUCGACGAGGCCGUCAUUGCCCGGGACAAAGCCCUGGAUGGGCGUUGAGGUGGAGCCUAACGGUCCCUCGUGUGUACAUAUUUCUUCAGUGUAGCCUAAACAUAUUGCAUAUAUGCACGCGUGCGCGCACACACACAUAGGUAAUAAUGAAUGUUGCGUGAUCCCCUAAUCCAGUUUUGCAUACUGUUUUUUUGCCUCAGUUGAAAAAGAGGCCCUCCGGGGCCAGCACAAAUCUGGUGAGUGGUGAGCUUACAUUCUGUGGUUCGAGUGACCUUUUGGUCGAUCCUCGGUGACCGUUCUUGUCGGUGGGCCUCUUUUUUCCAGUUGUGUAGGGUCGUCUUCUGAAGGCUGGGUUGCCCCUAAUCCUUGUAGAUGGUGCCCUCUCUAGUCAGCACGUUUGUCUUCCCCUGUGAGUGCUCCAUCCAUUGAUUUACACCCCAUUCCCAAAAUAUUCCCUUCGGAACCAGACGGGACCCCUACGGGAUCUCAUGGACCGGUGUUCCUCUCAACCUGUUCUCCCUGAGCCUGUGGGAUGUCAGAAUGUCAGCGAGCCGGGUCUUGGAAAUCAAUCGGUGGUAUUUAUUGAGUGCACUGUACCAAGCACUUAAUCGAGCAUCCUGUGGUGGAUGACCGGUCGUUAGCCCGAGCUGAAAAGAGAUCUGCUGCACUCUAGUAGGGUGUUGGGUAGGAGGCGGCUGGCGUUUUCCAGUGCUGUUUGACUCUAGCUGUGUUGAGAUGAAAAAUCAAUCAGUCAAAUCAGUGGUAUUUAUUGAGCGCUUGCUGUGUGCAGAGCACUGUACUAAGCCCUUGGGAGAGGACAAUACAACAGAGUUGGUAGACAUGUUCCCUGCCCACAAGGAGCCUGCGGUCUAGAUGGGAAGCCUGCAGUCUACGUUCCCUUCAGUUUAUAGGACACCCCAUCAAGUCCCCGGGGGUUCAGUGGUGCACCUUCCAUUGGGAAGGGGAGCUUAGAGAAGUGGCAUGGCUUAGUGGAAAGAGCCCGGGCUGGGAGU